AUGACUAAGAAAACUACGACUUGGUAUCGAGUUAACGUGCGAGAUGAGACUGCAGUAGGCGAGCACCCGGGUGUGCACAUUCGCCUUGAGAAUGGGCGUACAACAUGCUUCCCGAGUCCGCCAUGGCGGAGAAACAUGAUAUGUAUAUUUGCAUCUGGCGUCAGUGUUUUGAACGCAUCAGUGAGUGAAAAGUUCCGGUACACUGUCCGAUGUAGAUGGUUACCCUUGACGCUAUCUUCGAGGCGGGAGACGAACUUAGCCAGGGAUGAGGUUCUCGGGGAUUAUCACGCCUCUUGCAAUCUUCUCGUCCGCGAUCCCUUGUUCAUAUCGAUUGAAGCAGGCUUCUGUCAGGUUUCUGGAAGACCAGCCAAGAUGCAUGGUGCGCGGCACGGCAAAAAGGGUGCCGGAGACGAAAGGUGUCCAGUGAACAAGGUCCAGAGUCCUCGGCAGAAGAAGGGCCAUCCAUGGCAUCGUGCUACGGCUGUUGUAGAAUAUGCUCGUUUCCCCUUGUUCUUCGAUAGAAGGGUGACAGAAAACGGCAAAAACUCGUAUAGCGAGUUGCUCCUACGGCAUUGUGCACCUCAUGAUGAGACCUGUCACCGCGUGCAAAUUCCAUCUGCCGACAAGGUUUUGGAGAAGGAGAGAAGGAGAAACCUCGUUUCACCGAGGAGACACACACAUACAAGCUUUGAGUUGUGCAAUCAAAGAAUUCUUAUUGCCGUCCUCCGCAGCGUUCUCUCAAACAGUUUCGAUGCCGGAUACCUACCAUUUAAGGCAUGUUUCGCCGUCAACCUGGCGGUAUCCUAA